AUGAACGGAUCAAGCAGCAUCGUUUCGCAAAACUCUUUGCUUAUGUCUGCCACCAAUGAUAGUGCACAGGGGUCUAAGACAAUUACAGUAACAAAUAUUGUUGCUACAACAUCUAAAGAAAAUGAUCGGGAAAAUUCGGAGGAUUUUUAUGAUCUCAAAGGAAAAGUUGAGUCCCGACUAUUAUCAAUGUGGAAUAACAUGAAGUUUGGAUGGACUGUUAAGUUAAAAACCAAUUUCUCUAAGGAAUCACCAGUUUGGCUUCUAGGCCGUUGUUAUCAUCGAAAACUUAGUCCUAGUGGAUCAUUGGAGUCAUCAACUGAAAUCGGUACAGAGGCUACAGCAAGUGAAGCUGUAGGACAGAUAUAUGGAGAAGGUAUAGAGGGUUUUAAAUCUGAUUUUAUAAGUAGAGUCUGGAUGACCUAUAGAAGAGAAUUCCCUCUUAUGUCUGGUUCUACAUUUACAACUGAUUGUGGAUGGGGAUGUAUGUUAAGAAGUGGGCAAAUGAUGUUAGCACAGGCAUUAGUAUGCCAUUUCUUAGGGCGCUCAUGGAGAUGGACACCAGACAAACCUAUUCAAAAUGCUAGAGAGUUUCAGGAAGAUUGCUUGCAUCGUAUGAUUAUUAAAUGGUUUGGUGACAAAUCAUCUGUAAAUAGCCCCCUUUCAAUACACCAAAUGGUAAUGUUAGGGGAAGCUUUAGGAAAGAAGCCUGGUGACUGGUAUGGCCCAGCAUCUGUAGCUCAUUGUUUGAAAGCAGUGAUGGGUGCGGCAUCGAAAGAAAAUUAUGAAUUUGAUAAGUUAGAUGUUUAUGUAGCUCAAGAUUCUACUGUGUAUAUUCAAGAUAUUUAUUCGCAAUGUAAAUUACCAAAUAGUUCUUGGAAGUCUUUGAUUCUUCUAGUACCUGUUAAGCUAGGAUCAGAAAAGUUUAAUCCUAUUUAUGGAUCAUGUUUAACAUCAUUACUAACAUUGGACUUUUGCAUUGGCAUAAUAGGUGGACGACCAAAGCAUUCACUUUACUUCGUUGGAUACCAAGAUGACAGGCUUAUUCAUUUAGACCCACAUUAUUGCCAGGAAAUGGUUGAUGUGUGGCAACCCAACUUUUCUCUUCAAAGCUUUCACUGUAGAUCUCCAAGAAAGAUGCCUUUAAUAAAAAUGGACCCCUCAUGUUGUAUAGGUUUUUACCUAGCAACACAUAAUGACUUUGAGACAUUUAUAAAUAUUAUUGGUUCUUUUCUAAUACCACAAGGUGUUUCAUCGAACAAUGAGUACCCAAUCUUUACAUUACACAAUGGUUCUCAUAGCAGUGUUAUGAAUCCACCAAACAUACGAUAUUCUAUUUACGAGAAUGAGAAAAAUUGGGUUGCCCCUGUACAGGAUAGUGAUACAGAUCUAGAAUCUGAAGAAUUUGUAUUAAUUUAA